CAAUUCAUGUCGUGCUUGUCUUGCAUUUCACCAACAAGAUUUUAUAGAAUUUCCUUUUAAGUUUCUAUUUUAACAAAAAAAAACGACAUUGAAUUAAAUUUAUAAACAUUAAAUAAAGGACUAUUGAAGGCCUUAUAAAAUAAUCAAGAAUAUAUCUAAGCGGAGAAGUGAAAGCCAUACUUUAUCGAGAGUGACAGAUUUUCAGUGUUUGUGAGCAACCACCCUGCACGUACUCCCCCCUCCCAAGACAUAAACUUGUAAGAGUGAUUGCUUGUGUGCUCUUCUUGUACAAUUCCUAACCCUUGGCCACGGCUGCAGUGAGUGUAAACAAAUUCCAAACAUCGCCGGGCGCCAAAAUAUUACAAAAGUGGAAGGUGGCGUACGAGGCACAUAGGAUUGCGGCAGCGUGAAAGUUCCCCAAAACAUGCCCUGUUGGUACUAUGACAAGAAUGAGCUGCGUGACACACCUUCGGUACGAGAUGGCAUUCCUUUGGAAGCAGAGCGACGUUAUCGCAAAGAAGGUGCCCGUUUCAUCAUGACUUGUGGCACACAAAUGGGCUUGGGUCACAACACCAUGGCCACGGGCGUGGUGUAUUUUCAUCGUUUCUAUAUGUUUCAGUCGUUCAAACAGUUUCCACGCUAUGUGACGGCAUGUUGUUGCCUAUUGCUGGCCGGUAAAGUGGAGGAGACACCAAAGAAAUGCCGAGAUAUCAUACUGAUAGCACGUCAAUUGCUGACAGAGAAUCAUUUCUAUUCAUUUGGCAAGGAACCCAAAGAGGAGGUCAUAACCUUAGAGCGCAUAUUGUUGCAAACCAUAAAAUUUGACCUGCAAGUCGAACACCCCUACACAUUUCUACUCCGCUAUGCCAAAUGCUUUAAGGGCGAUCAACAGAAACUCCAAAAGAUGGUACAAAUGGCCUGGAACUUUGUCAAUGACUCGCUGAGUACAGUGGUGUGUCUGCAAUGGGAGCCGGAAAUAAUUGCGGUGGCCCUCAUCUAUCUGGCCAGUAAACUGAGCAAAUUUACCGUCACCGAUUGGAUUGGCCGUCAGCCUCAACACACACGCUGGUGGGACAUGUUUGUCUCUGAUGUUACCAUGGAUAUCUUGGAGGAUAUUUGCCAUCAGGUGCUGGAUUUGUAUCAAAGCAAUUCCAAGGAAUCCACAGAGAAUAAUAGUCCACCUCAAAAACCACCAAGUAGAGCCGAUAGCCCUACGCCCAUGAAAUCAGUGUUGCCCUCAACGAAUCACUCAGGUUCGCCGGCUGGCAAAACAAAGCCAAUGGCGGCGGCAAACUCAUCUUCCUCCUCCACCUCCUCGUUGACUAGUGUAAGUGAGGCAACAAACAAUACGCAAAAUAUAAAACCCAUACCGACCAUUGCCUCUAGUAUACCUACUGUACCUCCCGCAACCAUCGAUCACCCAACAACACAUGCUGUGCCCUCGUCGUCCAGUUAUCAUCAUCCUCCGCAUCAUCACAUUGCCGCCGCCCCCUCCCAUCAUCAUUCUAUGUACACUGCCAUGCCUCCCAUGGCCGGGCCAUGGCCAAUGCCUCCUCCGGCGGCCGGUGGCUAUCCUCAUGCUCCGGUGCCAAAUAUAUCUGGUCCCAAUGCAGGCGGAGGUGUUAUACCUCCUCCUUUGCCACCGCCACCACAGCCCAUGGUACCUUAUUGUGCACCUUCUUCCUAUGGGCCACCCUCCCACUUUGCCAGUGUACCUCCGCCAAUACCGCCCGGCAGCACAGGGCCCGUGGGUGUGGGUGGAGCCCCACCACCACCUCCAGGUGUAGAAAGUCAUCUGCCGCCACCCAGUAGGGGAGGCGGCGGUGGCUAUUACCAGCCACCACCUCCAGGGAAUUAUGUCGGUGGUGGUCGACAACGCUAUUGAGUUACCACACUAUACGAACGACGAUGUAAGAGGUAUGAGAAAUUUGUUGUAAUUAUUUUUUUUUUCUAUUAAAAUGUAAUUUUUUUGUAAGAAAAAUAGCAAAGACAAAUUUAUUUCUAAUAUAAGAAUUAAUAACGGAAAAAUCGCAAGGAAAAAAAAAUUUAAUAUCAAUACUAAUUUAAGGGAAUUUAGUUUUUUAUAUAUAUAAAGCAAGUUAUUUAAACCAAUGUAAUAAAGGAACAUUAAUAUUUUUUCAAAAAUAUUCAAUCAUGAAAGGA